AUGCUUUCACCGCGGUCGUCGAGCCUCUCUUCGUCGACCCCGUCAGAGACCGAAGCGCUCCUUGCCCAAAUCGCCUCUUAUCUCAACCUGCCGUCGGCUUCGCAACCUCGCACGCUUGCACAGCUGAGCGGGUCACCGCAACUUGAUGGGCAACAGCCAUCAUCUCUGCCAGCGUCAGUCUCAGCCGAGGCGACGAGGUACGAUCCGCUCUGGCAGCCGUCCCAAGUGGCGGGACACAGGAGCUGGCGUUCUUCUUCCUUCUCCUCGUCCUUCUUGGAUGCCGAGAACAGCACCUCGUGGGAUUCUGCCCCUGUGCAAAGGCUCAAGAGGCGCUUCGGUGCGACGUGCGACCAUUGCAGGAGCGUCCAUCUGCGAUGCGAUCUGCCGUCGCGUUCCAGCUCGGCUGCCAUACCGUCGUCGCUCCCAUCCGUUUUGGACCAGAUCGAUCAGCAGCAGACGGCACCAGCAGGAUCGCUCUCUUGUUCACGAUGCCAAGCAAAAGGAUUGAGGUGCACCAUGACACCCACGCGCGCAUCCGAACGUACAACUGCGUUCAAUCGCUCCGGCUCGGUCAUCCAGAAAGCUCGCAGCCUGCAUGGAUCUCUGGCUCCUGCUGCCCCAAAAAUGGAGGAGCAGGCCUCAGCUUUGAUCACUGCUGUAUGCGCCGCUACGGCCAUGCGGCCGACAGCGUUUCGAAUCACCGAUCGAGUCAUGGCCAGAUCACUGACGGUCCGCAUGCUCAAUUGCUACUUUGCCGUCUGCCACGUUCAGCUGCCCGUCGUCGACUAUGUCGAUUUCCGAGCCAGAUUCAACGCGGCGGAUGGCGAUCCGCGCAGGAUGUCCAUGCUCGCCAAUGCUGGCAGACAGCAUGCACGCGCUCAAGAUUCCAGCCCUCACGUCAUAGUCGGCACGCCAGCGAGUACCGAGACCCUCUUGGCUGUUCUGGUUGCCUGGGCCGCUCGAUACACGGAUGCGCCACUUGCUUUCGGUGUCACCAGCCAAGACGCUGCUGGCGGUAGUUCCUCCUCAAGCUCGCCCUUCAGCUCCCCGACAGAAUCACGACGAGGUUCGUUGGCCACAACGACUCCACCGAAGCGCAAACGAAAGCGCGGAGUGGCAUGCGAUUCUUGCAGGCUCCGUCGAGUGCGUUGCGAUAUCACCGAGGUGGUCGCCGGUUCCAGCUGCAGCCGGUGCCUCGAGAAAGGUAUAUAUUGCACUGACGAGUACAUUCGGUCUACACAAGCCAAGUCCAAGCAGAAGACAUCCGGCGACAGCAGCACCAGCAACAACGAUGGGGACUCCUCCAGCCUUUCGGUGGCCUUCAAUGCGUUUUUGGACACUUCACCCUCGUUGACCAGCUCGAUCAGCCUACGUGCAUGGAUGCCAUCCGCUGAGGCUGUAGGUGGUUCGGGCACUCAUGCACAGCGUUCGCUCGCGUGGCGUCGAGGAAGGCAGCGAAAGGCAUUCUGCCUGGGCGCUUUGCAGCACGCUCUCGACCUGGCGAACAAGCACGAUUUGGUGAACAAGCCAAGCGUCGAGUGCAUCCAAGUGCUCACCUUGCUUUAUUCUCUCGUCGAGUCGAUCGAUCCGGCUCAAGGUCAACGUCUCAUCAGGGCGGCGUGCAGUCACUUGGAGAAGCUCGGGCUGACAGCUCAAAUGACCUUGAAUCUCGGCGAUUCGAACAGCGUGGUCAACGUUCUGCGGACACUUCAAGCGCAUCGCAGCUACACGGUUCCGUGGUGUAUGGAUGCGAUCGCGUCUGUGCUGCUCAAACGAGCGCCUUGCUUUGCGCUUGAGUGGAUCGUCCAAUUCGAAGAGCAUGGGCAGCAGCAAGCUCAACGGCCCCUGUUGUCACUGGUGCCUUCCCAGAUGAGCGGCCUCACCCAGGCGGCGGGUGUGGGGUUGUCCAUCACGUCCAUGCUGCAACUCGGCGCGGUGGCACGCUCGAUCGGCAAGCACAUCCUGAUGGAGCAACGAGUCGACAAGCUGCAACAGGCUUGUCACACAGCAUGGUUUAGCGUCGACAGCGUGAUGAGCAUGUCUGACCGCUCCGCCAGCUGCGUAGGCUCGGCGCUGGAUUCCAUGCCUGCGCUGCAUCCGCUCGGAUGGGUGGGCAUCACCAAGGUGCUCGCUUCGCUUCUGCACCUAGCCAUCUUUCGAGCGCUAAGCGAACAGUGCGCGGCGUUGGCGGCACAAAAUGUACCGGACGAUCUUGAGGCGAUGCAGAUGCUGCAAAGCCAAGGCAUGCUUCGAGCGAUCGAGUCGUGUCGAAGAACAAGCCACUUCAUCAAGGUCAUACUGCCAUUGGGCAUCAUUCAGUUCCGAGGCAGCACCUUCAAGCAGAUCCCGCAUCUGGCCAAGUUUCUGGCCCAAGUGCCAACAGUCGCCGAGCCUCAGGGUGAAACAGACUUUCAAAGUCAGCAGCAUUCGCCGCCGAUGGACGCACUGCACUCGUCGGAUAAGCGCCAGGGAGAGGUGCUGAAGUCGGUAGAAGGGCUCGGUCGCGCUCAACUCGGUCCGUUCACCACAGCAGCCAAGCAGCGGGAAGUCGAGUGGCUCAUAGCUGCACUGCUACAGCUGGGCUAUGCGUGGGACGAGAUGCCGGACGAGGCGAACGACGUUCAGAGCCUGCUUCACUCGCAAGGCUUGUGA